AUGGAUGCCACAGACGUGCCCCUCCAGGCCGAGAUGGUGGAGCUGGUGCCCAAUGGGAAGCACUCAGCCGCGCUCACCGCCUCCGCCAUCCCCUCGCUGGCGGGUGACAGGUUUGAGGAGAAUCAGUCUGGCACAGCAGAGAUGGAGGAGUUCCUGCCCCACGGCGCCGAGAAGAAGCAGACGCACUUCACCGAUUUCGAAGGGAAGACUUCUUUUGGGAUGUCUGUCUUCAACCUGAGCAACGCCAUCAUGGGCAGCGGCAUCCUGGGGCUGGCCUACGCCAUGGCCAACACCGGCAUCAUCCUCUUCCUCUUCCUCCUGACAGCAGUGGCCCUGCUCUCCAGCUACUCCAUCCACCUGCUGCUCAAGUCCUCUGGCAUCGUGGGCAUCCGUGCCUACGAGCAGCUGGGCUACCGAGCCUUCGGCACGCCGGGGAAGCUGGCUGCGGCCAUUGCCAUCACGCUGCAGAACAUCGGAGCCAUGUCCAGCUACCUGUACAUUGUUAAAUCCGAAGUGCCUCUCGUCAUCCAGACCUUCCUCAACCUGGAGGAGAAGACCACCUCGGGUGGCAGGUGCUGGGUUGUGCCAGCGCUGGGUGCUGACCGUCCCCAUGUCCCCCCACCCCAGGUCAUCUACAAGAAGUUCCAGAUCCCCUGCCCGCUGCCCGAGCAGGAGGACAACCUCACGGGCAGCCUCAACGCCACCCCCAUCAGCACCAGCGACUACCAGAACGACUACACCCUCCUCCAGGCCACUGACCAGGCUUACACCAUCCCCAUCAUGGCCUUCGCCUUCGUCUGCCACCCUGAGGUCCUGCCCAUCUACACUGAGCUGAAGGAGUUGAUGGUACGACCCGGGGUGGGUGGCCGCGUGGAAUCGGAGCUGCUGCACACGUACAACAAGGUGGACCCCUUUGACGUGCUCAUCCUGUGCGUGCGGGUGGCCGUGCUGACAGCCGUCACCCUCACCGUCCCCAUCGUCCUCUUCCCGGUGCGCCGGGCCAUCCAGCAGAUGUUGUUCCAAGGGAAGGACUUCAGCUGGAUCCGCCAUGUCACCAUCGCCGUGGUUCUGCUGACCUUCAUCAACCUCUUGGUCAUCUUUGCCCCCUCCAUCCUCGGCAUCUUCGGCAUGAUCG